GAAUGGUACAUUCCAGUGAAUAGCGCUCAAUGUGGAUUCAGGGAACGGCGGGGAGAAUCAUUUUAGGCGAGCAGCCACGCGGGGCGAGACGGAAUCGGACGGUGAAAUGCCGAUCCUUGAAAACUGCAGACGGAGCACGGCAAAUAACACGUUUCUAAGUUUCGGGAUCUACUUUAUCUUUCUAGCAUACCAAGAACUUUGCUGACGAUUCGAUACUGGACAGGAUUUAUUCUUGGGAUCGGACACUUUUGUUGAAAGUCGUGACAAAGAAACAUUUGUCUUCACAAAAGUUACGCGCAGAACUGACGCACAUGAAAAGGUUCGUGUUCUUUUGUCGGCCCUUAAGAUUUCGACUGAAAGCAAAGAGUUAAAGGUAAACGAAGAUAUCCCACAGACGAGAGAAAGACCAAAAAGGAUGUAAGACCUUACACAAAAGAGUCGUCUGAUAAACGCGAACUUUUUUACAUCGCCGCCCGCGACAGAGAUAUACUUCCCGCUUUUAAUUUACACUGCUGGAAACGCGCCACAAUGCACGAGGUCGGAUUCUUGCGCUUGUUUGAACACGAAAGGAAACAAAUGAACAUCUGUAACCUGACUCUGUGUGUUUUACUCUCCUUCAUGUUCUCAAGCUCAUCUUCCUGUCCUGUCGAGUGUGUGUGCGAAACCGUAACGGUGAACUGUGUAAACCAAGGUUUGAGUGUCAUCCCACAACCCCUUCCAGAAAACACCAUUACGCUUAACAUCAGUGGAAACAAUCUAACUAAUCUAAACCAGGAAUCUUUCCCAAGGCAUCUGGGAAAUCUAACAAACCUUUAUGUAUCUGGAAGCCAGGUGAAGCGAUUGGACUACAUGGCAUUCGGUAACUUGCCAAGUCUUCGUUUCCUUGACCUCAGCAACAAUUCAAUUUCACAUGUUAAUGCUGAUGCUUUUUCUCCAAACAACAUGGUUGAGGUUCUAAACCUCAGCAGAUCCUUAAACAACUCGUAUAUUGACAUGUUUGCAAAUCUUUUCAAUCACAGCUUACCUAAGGUUUCGCAUCUUGAUCUGUCCAACAACGAGCUGGUCAUUCUUCCAGAUAGGAUAUUCACGGGUUUGUCGAACCUCACCGAUUUGGAUUUGAGGAACAACUCCCUAAUUUUAAUUUUUGAGGGCACGUUUCAGAACGGGGCACUGAGAGAACUGGACUUACGAGACAAUGCAUUUAAAGACCUGCCAAACAUUUGUCAUUCGAACUUCAGUUCCAGUCCUGAUUUGAGGGUCAGACUUGCGGGAAACCCAUGGCAUUGCGAUUGCAAUAUUGAGGACAUGCUGAGUUGGUUAAAGACACACGAUUGUGUCGUUGACAAAUCAGACAUGACCUGUUCUGAUCCAGCAGGGUUGAGAAAUCUCGCACUCCUACACCUGGAUCAUUCCCAACUUCCAUGCACCUACACUGGAGAUUUGAAGGGUGUUCUGGAGACCUCCUAUGUUUUUCUGGGGAUUGUUCUGGCCCUCAUCGGAGUCAUCUUUCUGCUUGUCCUUUACCUUAACAGGAAAGGCAUCAAGAGGUGGAUCUACAAUAUCCGUGAUGCCUGCAGAGAUCAUAUGGAGGGCUACCAUUACAGAUAUGGGAUCAACUCAGACCCACGGCUAGCCAACCUCAGCCUUAACUCGGAUGUGUGAGAGAGACGGGCUAAUUGUUUGGAAAACGCAAUGACUUAAAUCUAGCUUUGCAUGAAUAUAUAUGUAGAGUUUAAACGGAUGUUAAAUCAUCAAACUGGAUUCUGCAGGAAUCAAUCCUGUUAUGCUUGCUGCAGAUCAUUCAUAUAUGCUGAUGUGUUGCUAUAAUGUGGUCCUGUGACGCAUGCAUCGAGAACGAAUACAAUUUCUUUUUUUUCCUUUUAAAAGAAAGGACUGGAUGGGACUGGAGGGUAGUCUCUGUCAUUCUGACGAAAUGCUGUUUGCACAACGCCAGUACGAACUACAAUCUACCUUUAAAAGUUUUUAUUAUACCUUAGUUUGUGUAUUUUACUACUUAAACUGCCAUGCAUGUAUUUUAUGUAUUCAUUGAUGUAAAAUUGUGAUAUCUACUUUUUUAUAAUUAAUUACUGGAUUUUAUAUUAUACAUUUGUUGGCUGGACAUAGAUCAACUUUUCUGUGGGACGCCCCGUUGAAUUAAAGGUCUUGCACUGA